AUGGACAAAGCUCCAGACACUGAUAAAAGACUAGGGCAAAUGACCAUUGACCAGCUAGCUGCCGAAAUUCUGUCAGAAUGUGCAUCCAUGCAAAAGUUCUGUCAAGCAAACAGCAUCACAUCACCCUCUUUAGUCGCAGGCGCUGACACCACGUUUUGGAAAACAGAACCCUCUUCAAAACUGUCUGUAUCUCGAACAAAAACACUUGGCUUAUUAGAGAGGAUUAUUACACUUCUUCGGGGGCCUCAUGAGUUUAUUCAUGAAUUUGCAGCCUCCAAUUGGGACCACGGAAGCCUGUAUGUCUUCCUACGCGCCAAGAUUAUGGAGCAGAUAACUUUGCUUGGAGUGACGGCCAAUGUUCGCAACAUUGCCGUAGCCUCAGGGGUCCCCGAAGAUAAACUAAUCAGGAUCCUCGGCCUACUUCGCUGCAAGGAUAUUGUACAUGAAGCAGAAAAUGGAAUCUAUACACUUACAGCCAUCUCAGAAGACUUGAUUCGACAUCCCGAAUUUCGGGCAUGGGCUGAAUUUCAGCUGUUCGAGACGCGUAUAGCUAGUGUUCACUUAGCCGAUGCACUUGCAUCCCAGCCAAAUGGCUAUACUGAUGGCAAAUCGGCGUUCAAGGAGGGAUUUGGCAUGGAGAUGUAUGAAUGGCAUACCGCACAUCCUGAGGAAGGAGAUCGAUUUCGUCAAGCUAUGAAAGGCGUGUCCAAAUCUCUUGAUCCUGCUGAUUCUUUGAUACGAACAUGGAUUCAAAACCUCCCCCUUUCUAACCUUACAAAAGUCGUGGAGAUCGGUGGACGGUACGGGUUUGCAUCAACAACUCUUGUAAACGAACAAACAGAUCUGUUGUUUGAAGUCCGAUGUGACUCCAAGGACUUUUUGAGUCGCGGGGAGGCCUUGGUGGACCCCGACUCUCUGAGCCGGAUCUCUUUUACCCAUCUUGAUUCAAUAUUCAACCCUCCGCCACCGGACGACGUCAAUCUCGUCUGCGUAUACGUCAUUCGCAACCUUUUCUGGAACUGGGCUAACGAGGAAGCCAUCAAACUUCUUCAAAAGUUGGUCCAAACAUUGAAAGAUAGCAGCUCAUUGACACGGAUUCUUGUUACGGACGGUGUAUCGCCAUUACCGGGCGAAUUCCCGACCCAUGUAGAAAUUGCAUAUCGUCGAAGGGAUAUAACGACAAUGACCAUGCAUAAUGUGAAGCAGAGGACCCAGGCCGAGUGGCUGGAAUUAUUUUCAAAUGUCAACCCCACCUUGCAGAUUGUGACACGGUUUGGCAGCAGUUCGCAUGUAUCUAAAGGGCUUUGGGAGCUUCGUAUUGAUAAAGCGGACAAGUAA